AUGAAGCUUCUUGUAGUUCUUGCAGUUGCGUUGGGAGCACCCGCUUAUGCGGUCCAAUGCGCCAACGAGAGCGCCUCUUGUCACGAGGAGCUCGAGAGGUUUUGGAGCUACGGCCGUUCACCUCCUGUCUACCCUUCUCCUCCCGCUACUGGUCUGGGUGACUGGCAGGAAGCAUUCAAGCAAGCUCGGUUAUUUGUUUCCCAAAUGACCAUCGAAGAAAAAGCAAACCUCACCAGUGGCUACGAAGGUAUCAACGGCUGUGGCGGAAAUGGUGGCAGUGUACCACGCCUCAACGUUCCUGGCCUAUGCUACGCCGAUGCGAGCGCCGGAGUGCGGGCGCAGGAGGGCGUCAACUCGUAUCCCCCAGGCCUUCACGUCGGCGCCAGCUGGAACCGAGAACUAGCCUACGCCAGAGCUCUUCAUCUGGGAGCGGAGUUCAAGCGCAAGGGAGCCAACGUCGCCUUGGCCCCUUCGAUCGGUGGUUUGGGGAGAGUUGUCAAGGGAGGACGAAACUGGGAAUCUCCGAGCAACGACCCUUACCUGACGGGCGCCUUGAUUCGUCCGACGGUCCAGGGUCUACAGAAGUCGGUCAUUGCUUGUGUAAAGCACUUAAUCGCAAACGAACAAGAAACCAGCCGCAAGGCUCCCGAGUUUCUUCCCCACAAGUUCAAUGCCUCUGUCUCGUCUAAUCUCGAUGACAAGACGAUGCACGAACUUUACCUGUGGCCUUUUUACGAUGCUAUUCACGCAGGAGCUGGAUCUGUCAUGUGCGCCUACAAUCGUGUCAACAACAGCUAUUCCUGCCAGAACAGUAAGCUUAUAAACGGCCUCUUGAAGGAAGAGCUUGGAUUCCAGGGCUUUGUCGUCACGGAUUGGUAUGAGCACAAGAGCGGCGUGGCGAGCGCCAAUGCUGGUCUGGACGUUGUCAUGCCAGUGGCUCCCCUGUGGAACGGCAAAGAGGGCAGUCUGGUUGAGAUGGUCAACAAUGACUCAGUGGAUGCUUCUCGUCUUGACGACAUGGCGACUCGUAUCGUUGCUUCUUGGCUGAAGUACGGUGCUUUGAAUGGUACCAAGCCUGGUGUUGGCUUCCCCAUCGACCCGACAAAGCCUCAUGACUACGUCGAAGCCCGAGAUCCUGCUUCCAAUGCCGUCAUCCUGCAAAGCGCCAUCGAAGGCCAUGUUCUCGUCAAAAACGUCAACAACGCUCUGCCUCUGAAGAAGCCUCGCUUCCUCUCCGUGUUUGGGUACGACGCUGCAGCACAGAACCUGAACACGCCCGAUCCUAACCCCUUCACACUUUGGGCGAUGGGAUUCGGAGGUGGCCAACGCUACCUUAAUGGUAGUCUAUUCACCAACGAUACCCUAUUCUCGCUUUUCGGCGCGAGCCUAGACAUGAGCCAAGUUGGGCCUUCUGUCUUUCUCAACGGAACUCUUAUUUCUGGUGGAGGCUCUGGUUCUUCGACAGGCGUAAUCGAUGCACCUCUGGAUGCACUGAAACGUCAAGCAUACGAUGAUGGAACAUUUCUCUUUUGGGACACGGUAUCCUUCACCCCAAACGUCAACCCAGCUUCCGAAGCUUGCUUGGUCUUCAUUAACGCGAUGGCGUCCGAGAGCCACGACCGCAAAAACCUGACCGACCCUUACUCGGAUCACCUCGUCACAUCUGUGGCGUCCAAGUGCCGCAACACAAUGGUUGUGGUGCACGCAGCAGGCAUCCGGCUUGUUGACCCUUGGAUCGAGCACCCCAACGUCACGGCCGUCAUCAUGGCCCACCUUCCAGGUCAAGAUUCUGGUCGUGCCUUGGUAGAGAUCCUGUAUGGAAGACAGUCUCCAUCCGGGAGACUACCCUACAUGAUAGCCAAGCAAGAGUCGGACUAUGGAUCUAUCCUAGACCCGGGCUUUCCGAGUGAUGAGACACCGUAUUACCCUCAAAGCAACUUUACUGAAGGUGUCUUUAUUGAUUAUAAGCACUUUGAACAUUAUAGUAUCAAGCCGAGGUUCGAAUUUGGAUUCGGUUUGACUUACACGACAUUUGAAUACUCCAACCUGAUGGUCGACGUUGAUGAGUCUGCCAGUCUCCUCCCACCUAACCCGAAAAUCGUGUUGGAAGGUGGGGUCAGCUCACUCUGGGAUCAAAUUGGUUCCGUAACUUGUACAAUUAAGAACACGGGCAACUUUACAUCCGCCGAGGUUGCUCAGCUGUACCUGCAUCUCCCUGGCGACGGGCCAUCCAAGGUCCUCCGCGGUUUCGAGAAGAAGACGCUUGUCCCAGGAGCGAGUAACAAUUUCACAUUUCCCCUGCAGAGGCGUGACCUCAGCUCCUGGGAUACCGUUAGGCAGCAGUGGGUUCUUAAUAGGGGUUCGUACGACGUCAUGGUGGGCAAGAGUGUUUUGGAUAUCCAGCUUCGCGGAAACUUUACCUUGAACUGA